AUGAUUAUUUACCUUAAUGCCUAUUCAUAUCUAUCUAUCUAUCUAUCUAUCUAUCUAUCUAUCUAUCUAUCUAUCAAUCUAUCUAAUUUGAUCCCGCCUAUCUACGGAAACGAUUCCUCGCUUGUUAUCUAUCUAUCUAUCUAUCUAUCUAUCUAUCUAUAUAUAUAUAUAGAUCUUUUGUUUUCUUCUUUCUUUUUGGCAAUUUGUUCUUCUAUUAGAUUAAAACUGAUUUCCUUUUAUUUUCGCAUUUCCUUCCACAUAUUUUUCUUCUUUCGUAAUUUUCUGAAUUUAUUAUUUCUCUUUCUUGACAAUCAUAUUUUCUCUUCACACUUUUUACCUCAUUCCUUCUACCCUCGUUUUCUUGUAGGCUUUCCUUUUUCCUUUCUUUUUCUUUAUUCUAAUAAUGUAACAACCCAGAGCAUCUUUCAAGCCAACACUAAUAUUUUUCCCUUCUUUUGUGCCGGUCUUUUCCUUCCUGGAGACACAGCGCGCUGUUGGCCGAGGAACUGUCCCUCUUCUGUUCCGCAUGGCAUAGGUAGACUCCGGCUUCUUUUUUAUUUGAUUUUUAGUUUUUGGGAGGAUAUAUGGACGCUGGCGACUGUAACACAGAGACGCCAAACGCUCAUGGCUUUUUGA